AUAAAAAUAUCAUUUACCAGCCUUGUUUCUUAUUCCAACGAUAUGGCAGGUCUGUCUGUCUGGAAAAAAUCUUAUUAUUAUUGGCCACCUGGCCAAAUUGGCUAACAUAACGAAAAGCGAAUCUGAUUUGAAUGGAAGUCGGAUCAGGCGGCAGCAGUUCGCUUUUUCGAAGCCAAGCAUUAGCAUAUUCGCUCGCCAAUUCUAACCGGCUAAUCAUCGCAAAAUCAUCGUAAAUUAACAGUGAAAAUUAUGUUUAUAGUGAAGUGAGAUAUUUUAUGUAUAUUCCCAGGGGAGAAAACUCAUAUCAAUAUCUCUGGGAAAAGAGUGAACUUGAGGCAAGGCCAGACUAAAGACUCUUGGUCUCUAUAGAAUUCGCAAGCGACAUGGCUGUGUGUCUGCUGCGAGCGUGGGCGAUUGAAGUGGCAGUUAUGGCCAUAAAUACAAAUAUGUACGUUCGCGUAAGCAGGUAUUGACUGUGAGUGUCGCUUAAUAAACAUGCUAGCAGAUAGCAGCAGCAGCAGCAGCAACAGUCGCAGCUGCCGAAUAGAUGUGCAAUAUUCAAGAGCUACGCUCCGGAUCCGUAGGUUGGACGCCGCUUGCCGGUGAUGUAAGCUCCGGUUCUGGACUGCCAGUUACCAAUUACCGCUUACUGCCGCCGUCUAACCGCCGUCUAACCAACUGUAGAAUGUAAAGCUUCUGCAGGUCGCGAAAAACUCGCCCACCCACCACAGCCAGCGUUUCAGGCGUCAUCAUUGCUGCACAGUGAUCACUGCGAAGUUCGAUCUUGCACGCGAUGCGAAACAGUCGAAAAACGUUCGACCGGGAAUGCCAUUCUUUCCAGCUGAAAUCGGCCAGGAUCAGCAUGCAGGAACUGACCAGGGUUUGCGAACUGAAUGGCAGUGCUGGCAAGGGUGAGUUAGUGCCAGUAGCGCCGGCCACCAACAAUUUGGACCAGUUACUCCCCAACAUAAAGCUGGAACAUGAUCCCGACCUGGAGUGCUGGCUACCCACACCAGAGCACUCACAACUCCGUUUGGAUCUGAACAGCACCCGGCUGCUGCUGCAGGGUUCCGACGACCCGCUGAUCUCGCAUGGCGCCACUAAUGACGUCCACGACGAGGACCAUCCCUUCAAGACGCUACUGGCGCGCAAAAGUGCCGGUCAUGAGACACCGCACAAUGGCACUUGCAGUCCCUUAACCAAGCAGCAGCUAAAGGCCAAUCUGCUGAUGGGCAGCCGAAGAGCAAACAGGCAGCCACCGCAAGAGCAGCCCAGCACUGCCUCACCACAAAAGACAGUUAGGUCGGUGCCAAGCCAAGGCCAAACCCGAACUCGAAAACGAGGCGAUGCGGGGGCCAUGAAGCUGCGUUUCCACCAUCAAGCUCUUCCUGCGGAGUAUGCCGCUCAUUACGAGGCCACUCAAGGACGUCAGCCACCAAGGCCGGUGUUACCACCGCCACCUCCGCCACCAACUCAAGCUCACGAGAACGUACGCAGUUGGCUGCGAAAGAUUGCCGAGAUUCAGCGUAGUGCCGAGCGCCAACAGCAGAAGCAACCACCAGCACCUCGUCCUGUGCCACCCACCUCACGAUCUUCACCCAUCGCAGCCACGUCGGUGGUGCCUGCCAAAAUUCCUGAGGUAACCACCACUUCGAAGCGUAACUCUCUGAAAUACGCCGACCUGCCUUACAUGGGUGAGAUCACGCUGGAUAACUACAAGCCACGUCGUGGCCGAAAGCCCAAAAAGGCGGACAUCUGCCAUCUGAUCUACAAAAACUAUGGCACCAUUGUUCCUGCAUCUGUGGCGGCGAUGCCCGUUAGUGCAGCUCCGCCGUCAUCAACUUCCACGAUUGCAGUGUCAUCCGAGGAGCCUCUGAAUCUCUGCCUGCGUGACCAGAGUGGCGAUCGCUACUCCAUCUCCAGCGGCGACAGUGAGAAACCCACAACGAGAACUACACCGACCACGACCACGACUACGACGGAUUGUUCCUCACACCGCACCACUCCACUUAGUUCUGGGAAGCCUUUGACUUUGGAGCUGGCCGGGAGCGAGGAUCAGCCCAUGUCAGCUGCCAAAUUGCUGCUUCAACCGGUUGGCCUAUACUACCAGCAGCUGGUAGAGUCAUGCAGCCUGGGCGGGAUGCCCGUACCCCUGGAGACAAUCGAAAAGGACAACCAGCUGUCCCUUAAGAUACCGAUUCCAAGCGGCUUCUUUGCCAAUGAGACCACGCCGCUGGCCAUGCGCAAGCGGAAACGGUCAGCGAUCUUCAUCCCGCCCAUGCCCUCCGAGCAUUCAUCAAGUCCCUCGAACGAGGUGAGCAUCUGCAAGUUUAAGUUCACCGGCGGGGCCAAACCCACGCUGCAGGAGAAGAAGAUGCUCUCUGUGGACGCGGAGGGAAACUAUCGGUAUUACAAUGGAACCGGGGACAAGACCAUGCGAGGAUACGAGUUCAUCUCGCGGGAUCAGCAACAACAAUUGCAGCAGCAGCAACCUCAGGGCCAGGAGAAGCUCUACGUGGAUAUACCACCACCAUCGACCGACCUCAGCCCUGAAUUGCUGCACAUAUCACCGGAAUCGCCCACGUCAACGCUACUCCUUCCUAGCACUAAUCAUAUGGUGACAGCAGCGGCGCCACACAGUCCAGUCUCUCAGUGCUCCAGCUCCCAGAGUCCAAUGCCCGGAACCGUGUGCCCCAGCCAGUCGCAGGGCAAAUCCCCGUCAGAGAGCGAACGAAAACGACGAUCCUCGCGGCGAUCAAAGCAACGAGAGAAGCUGGAGAAAACCUUCAAAGAGAAAGGCUUCCUUAUCCAAACCCAGCAGCUACAGUCCGCCGAAGGUGCCACGUACUGCAAGUUUAGGCAGCUAAAAAAGUUCACACGCUACCUGUUCCGCAAUUGGAAGGAUCACAUACCGGAAAGCGAUUUAGCCAAGCACCAGAGCGGCAGUCGAGAGAAUAUCCUGCCCAGUCAGGAGACCCAAGCUGCCGCCAACCAGGCUACGUAAGCCUUGCCAGAGGAAAUCCUGGAACAAGUCACACAAAGCACUGCCAAAGAUUUAAAUUUAAGAUCAGAUAAUGGCCGGUCAAGUACCGGUCGGCGUUGCCAGUUGAGGGUGGAGCAGAGCAACCCAUGCCGAUUCCGUCCAUGCGGGCUACCCAACAACACGAUCAAUGAUCCUCAGCCACGCUUCCUAGUCGUUCAUCAGUUUUUCUAGUGCAUAAUACAAUGUUAUUGUUAACAAAUAAACUCAA